AUGACGGCGCUCCCUCAAGUCGUGCCUCAUAGCCGGGGGAGGCUCUUGAAUAUCCUCUUAACAGCCUCGUUGGCCCUCGUCAGUCUCGUCUGCUACAUCCUGCUCAUCAUACUCUACGUCCAGCCAAAACUAUACCAUAUCCCAUCCCUCGUCUACGUCGACGGCUCGUCGUCCAUCAAGCCCUCGGUAGCCGUGAGUUUGAUAACCGCCAUUCUCGCCGCCGCCACGUCUGCCCUCAUCACCCGCUGCGUCGAGCACUCUCUCUGGCUCAAGCUCGUCCCUGGCCACGCUGGCAGCCCUCUGACUGUCCGCGAGACCAGACACCUCGCGCAAUGGACCGUGUCCCCUCUGGCGAGGCUCACCUACCCCGUCCGCGGCGGCUUCCGGCUCCUCAAGAUAAGCGGCGUGCUCCUCCUCGCCGUCUACGCUGUGAGCCCCGUCCUCCUGGCGGGCAUUUCGCAGACGGACCUCGUCACCGUCUCGUCCACCUCGUCCCCCCACACGGCAGACUACUGGGCCCCCUGGAUCAACCGGGGAAACUACCGCUCCCGCGGAGGCAGCGCGGGCGACCUCGUCUUCGGCAUGGCCGUGCAAGCCUCCAACGGCAACUUUGCGCCGCCCGUGGCCCCCGUGUGCGCCAACGACUCGUGCAGAGUGUUACUGCAAGGACCAUUAUGA